AUGGCAGACAUCACGAUAACAGAGAGCGAGUUUAAACUCGCGGACGGAACCGUCCUCUACCAGAAGACCUGGUCGCCCGCUGCCCCCAAGGCCAAACUAGUACAUUUUCAUGGCUUCAGCGACCACAUCAACAGCUACAAUAACUUCUUUCCCUUGCUAGCACGCCGUGGUAUCUACUGCACAGGUAUCGACGAGCGUGGCUGGGGCCGAUCGGCCCCGAAAAAGUCCGACCGGGGAAACACAGGGCCUACCUCCUUGGUCCUGGCCGACAUGGCCGCCGUCAUCAAGGACCAGCAGACCAACGUCUUCCCUGAGCUCCCCCUGUUUAUCAAUGGUCACUCCAUGGGUGGUGGAUUGGUGGCUACUCUCGCCUCGACCAAGGAGUAUCAGCCGCUCGUGUCCUCACUUCGUGGGAUUAUGCUUUCGGCUCCGUUGAUGGGUCUCACUCCCGAGCAGACUCCUAGCUGGAUCACGGUAUUCGUGGGCCGGCUGGCAGGCAAGCUUCUCCCCCGCUUCCAGCUCGUGGAGAAAAUGCGGGUAGAGACACUGGUGCGCGAUCCGGCAGUGCAAAAGAGCCUUGCAGAGGACCCGUUGAACCAUGCCACGGGCACACUCGAGAUGUUUGCCAAUAUGCUGGACCGCAUGAUGGAGCUGGAUCAGGGCAAGUUGACCCUUGUUGAUGGAGUGCAGUCGGUUUUUCUCGCCCACGGAACUGGGGAUAACUGCACCAGUUACGAUGCGAGUAAGAGAUGGUAUGAGCGCGAGACGGCUCGUUUCCCUGAAACAGCGAAGAUGCACAAGUCCUACGAUGGAUGGAGCCAUGUUUUGCAUGCCGAUCUGCCGGAGACUUACCCGAUUUAUGCGGAGGAUAUGGCUACCUGGAUCCUUGAAAAGUCUGAGGCUUAG